GUCCCAAGGCACAGCAGCACGCAGCCAAGCAACCAUGUGCAGGGUCGCCAGCAUCACGAUCCCGUCGCUCGUCUGCCUGCGCCGCGCCGUGCGGCGGUGGCGGUCCCGCUCCAGCACCGCCGCCUCCUCGCGCUCCGGCAAGAAUAAUGGAGACGACGCCACGGUGCCGGAGGGGCACGUGGCGGUGUGCGUGGGGGGCAUCGGCGGCGGCGAAGGCUCGACGGUGCCGAGGCAGCGGUUCGUGGUGCGGCUGGCGCACCUCACCCAUCCGGCGUUCCUCGAGCUGCUGCGGCAGGCGGAGGAGCAGUACGGCUUCCCAGCCGCGUGCGGCCCCAUCGCGCUCCCCUGCGACGAGGACCACUUCCUCGACGUCCUCCACCGCGUUUCCUCGGCCUCGCCGUGCUGCUGCGGCCCGGCCGUCACGCGCCGCGACGCGCGGCCGCUGCUGCAGGGGAUGGCCGUCGAGAAGCUCGUCUGGUGAUUCGUUUCAACUGUGCAAGACUGCGAGCACACGCAUAAACAAGCAAGUCGGCGGCGGCAGCUAGCGCGCGGGAGAAAGACGAAAGCGACUCGCCCGGCUGGCGCUGCCGAGAAGACCGUGCGCGGGCGGACAGGUCGCAGCAAGCGCUGGGGCAUCGGAGUCAAGCUCUGCAUGCGUAAAGGCGAUGGGCAAAUGGGGGAAGGCACGGACAUUGUAACCAGAAGCAGUUCUUGUAUGGAUUGUUUAGGAGCAAGUAGGAAUUGGUUCAAGAGGGGUCUGUAAUUUUUUUUUGGUAUUCUUCUUCUCUCUGUAAUAACCCUGUCGAUUGGGAGUUAAAAAACACCGAUCGAUUGCGCAACUCUUUGCCGGGAAUAAACAAAGAAUUGUUUCAUUCAGAA